GAGCCUGGCGAGCUGAAACCCGAGCUCCCGCUCAGCUGGGGCUUGGGGAGUUCCGUGUAAGAGCCGCCUGCCCCUGGCCUCCCGCGGUCCCUCCGGUCCCUCCGGUCCCUCCGCAGCAGUCGCUCAUCGGGGCACCGGCUCGGGAACGAUGGAGCUGGGCUGCUGGACGCAGUUGGGGCUCACUUUUCUGCAGCUUCUUCUCAUCUCAUCCUUGCCUAGAGAGUACACGGUCAUUAAUGAAGCCUGCCCUGGAGCCGAGUGGAAUAUCAUGUGUCGGGAGUGCUGUGAAUACGAUCAGAUCGAGUGUGUCUGCCCCGGAAAGAAGGAAGUAGUGGGUUACACCAUCCCUUGCUGCCGGAAUGAGGAGAAUGAAUGUGACUCCUGCCUCAUUCACCCAGGUUGCACCAUCUUUGAAAACUGCAAGACCUGCCGGAACGGCUCAUGGGGCGGCACGCUGGACGACUUCUACGUGAAGGGGAUCUACUGUGCCGAGUGCCGUGCGGGCUGGUACGGAGGAGACUGCAUGCGAUGUGGCCAGGUUCUGCGAGCCUCAAAGGGUCAGAUUUUGUUGGAGAGCUACCCCCUAAAUGCUCAUUGUGAAUGGACCAUUCAUGCCAAGCCUGGGUUCAUCAUCCAGCUAAGGUUCGUCAUGCUGAGCCUGGAGUUUGACUACAUGUGCCAGUAUGACUACGUGGAGGUCCGCGACGGUGACAGCAGCAGCAGCCAGAUCAUCAAGCGCUUCUGUGGCAAUGAGCGGCCAGCGCCCAUCCGCAGCACGGACUCCUCACUCCACAUCCUCUUCCAUUCAGAUGGCUCCAAGAAUUUCGAUGGCUUCCAUGCCAUCUUUGAGGAGAUCACAGCAUGUUCCUCUUCUCCCUGUUUCCAUGAUGGCACUUGUCUCCUUGACAAAACCGGAUCUUACAAGUGUGCCUGCCUGGCAGGCUACACCGGGCAGCACUGUGAAAAUCUCCUUGAAGAAAGUAACUGCUCAGACCCCGGGGGUCCAGUUAAUGGGUACAAGAAGGUAACAGGAGGCCCUGGACUUAUCAACGGGCGCUAUGCCAAAGUUGGCACAGUCGUGUCCUUCUUUUGUAAUAACUCGUACGUUCUUAGUGGCAAUGAGAAGAGAACUUGCCAGCAGAAUGGAGAGUGGUCGGGGAAACAGCCCAUCUGCAUAAAAGCCUGCCGAGAACCAAAGAUCUCAGACCUGGUGAGACGCAGAGUUCUUCCCAUGCAGGUUCAAUCAAGGCAGACGCCUUUACACCAGCUCUACUCGGCAUCCUUCAGCAAGCAGAAACUGCAGGAUGCCCCCACCAAGAAGCCCACCCUUCCCUUUGGAGACCUGCCGCCCGGGUUCCAGCAUCUGCACACCCAGCUCCAGUACGAGUGCAUCUCACCUUUCUACCGCCGCCUGGGCAGCAGCCGCAGGACGUGCCUGAGGACCGGGAAGUGGAGCGGGCGAGCCCCAUCCUGUGUCCCCAUCUGUGGGAAAACAGAGAACGUCACUGUUUCCAAGAGCCCGGGACUGCGCUGGCCAUGGCAGGCGGCCAUCUACAGGAGGGCCAGCGGGGUACACGGUGGCAGCCUGCACAAGGACACAUGGUUCCUGGUCUGCAGCGGCGCGCUGGUGAAUGAGCGCACUGUGGUGGUGGCUGCCCACUGCGUAACUGACCUGGGGAAGGUCACUAUGAUCAAGACAGCAGACCUCAAAGUUGUCCUGGGGAAAUUCUACCGGGAUGAUGACCGAGAUGAGAAGACCAUCCAGAACUUACGGAUUUCCGCAGUCAUCCUGCAUCCCAACUACGACCCCAUCCUGCUGGACACGGACAUCGCCAUCCUGAAGCUCCUGGACAAGGCUCGCGUCAGCACCCGCGUCCAGCCCAUCUGCCUGGCGGCCCCGCGGGACCUGAGCGCCUCCUUCCAGGAGACCCGCAUCACCGUGGCCGGCUGGAACGUGCUGGCAGACGCAAGAAGCCCCGGCUUCAAGAACGACACGCUGCGCUCAGGGGGGGUCAGGGUCGUGGACCCGCUGUUGUGUGAGGAGCAGCACGAAGAACACGGCAUCCCCGUGAGCAUCACGGACAACAUGUUCUGUGCCACCCGGGAUCCCGCCGCCCCCUCUGAUAUCUGCACAGCAGAGACGGGAGGCAUCGCUGCUGUGGCCUUCCCCGGACGGGCGUCUCUCGAGCCACGCUGGCAUCUGGUGGGGCUGGUCAGCUGGAGCUAUGACAGGGACUGCGGCCACAGCCUGUACACGGCCUUCAGCAAGGUCCUGCCUUUUAAAGACUGGAUCGAGAGAAACAUGAAGUGAGCCUCGGGCCCGUGGAGACGCUGUUUGGGCGUCCGUCCCAUCCAGACGUGUGUGGCACGAGGCAGUGUAGGCCUGAAGCUUGACUCUGCCCGUGAACUUGGCUGGGCCAGGGCUUCUGACUUCAGGAUUGAAACUCAGUGGAGAGGGAGCAGAGCUCACCUUCUGGGAGGCCACUGUGACCUUGGCUGCUGAGACCAUUCAGAAGAUAGCAGGGCUGCUAGCAAGAACUGAGUUCCCUCCAAAGAGACUAUGCAAAUAGCAAAGCAGUGGUCCCCCUUCCACCAGCUCCGUGACCUUGCCCGCCUUCCCUCCCGUGGUGUCGAUGUCAUGGCCAGCUCUGGUCAAGAGGCGUGGCCAAGAAGUCUGAGAUUCAUGAGGUCUCUUCCAAGAC